UCACCGAACACGAUUUUCAGUUGCGGUCACCCACGAGGCUCAUCGGUGCGCUUCGGUUCUCCAGAAUUUGUGUAUUCGAACCAGCUUCAAGGAAAAGUAGCCCGAAUAUCAGUGGGUAUUGUCUUGUGAUCCGCUGCAGGCGUGCGUGCUAUGCUGCGGGCGGUGGGUGGCCUGAGCGCUCCCGGCCGGCGUCUGGCGUCCACUCUGGCCAUGGGGUCGGUGGUGCAGCGGUGCGACAACAUCCGCCAGUCGACCGAGGACCGGCGCAAACACCGCGGCCUCGUUCUCUCCAACAACCUGCGCGUGCUGCUGGUCAGCGACCCGCUGGCCGACAAGGCGGCCGCGUCCAUGGCCGUUCAGGUGGGGCACCUCUCAGACCCCGAUGACUUGGAGGGGCUGGCCCACUUCUGCGAACACAUGCUGUUCAUGGGCACGGAGAAAUACCCCGACGAGAACGAGUAUUCCAAGUUCCUGAACGAUCACGGUGGCACCAGCAACGCGUACACGUCCAACGACGAAACCAACUACCACUUCGAAGUGGCGCCCGAGCACUUCAAGGGGGCCUUGGACAGGUUCGCGCAGUUCUUCAUCUCGCCGCUGUUCGCCGAGGGCAGCACGGAGCGCGAGGUGAACGCCGUACACUCCGAGCACGAGAAGAACGUGGCCAACGACACGUGGCGGCUGAUGCAGGUGGACCGGACGACGUCGCGCGCCGGCCACCCGCACCGCAAGUUCAGCACGGGCAGCCGCGAGACGCUGGACCGGCCGGACGUGCGGGAGCGCCUGCUCCAGUUCCACCAGCAGUGGUACUCGGCCAACAUCAUGGGCCUGGUGCUGGUCGGCAAGGAGGAGCUGGACGUGCUGGAGGCGAUGGCCGUCGACCUGUUCUCGGCGGUGGAGGACAAGGGGGUGGAGGCGCCCAGCUGGCCGGAGCACCCGUGCGGCCCGGAGCAGAUCGGCACCUGUCUGCGCGUCACGCCCGUCAAGGACCUGCGCAAGCUCAAGCUGCACUUCCCGGUGCCCGACCUGCACCCGUGGUACCGCACCAACCCGGGCCACUACGUGGGCCACCUGGUGGGUCACGAGGGCCCGGGCAGCCUGUACGCCGAGCUGAAGCGGCUCGGCUGGGCCACCUCGCUGGUGGGCGGGCCGAGCGGCCCCGUUCGCGGCUAUCAGUACAUGUACGUCAGCAUCGACCUGACCGAGGAGGGCGAGCGGCGCGUGGGCGAGGUGGCCGAUCACGUGUUCCAGUACCUGGCGCUGCUGCGUCAGGAGGGCCCGCAGCAGUGGGUGUUCGACGAGGGCCGCCGCCUGCGCGAGAUGUCCUUCCGCUUCAAGGACAAGGAGAAGCCGAGCGACUACGCCACCAACCUGGCCACCCUGCUCUACUACUACCCCAUGGCCGAGGUGCUUUCGGCAGACUACAUCACCGACAAGUACGACCCGGACGUGCUCAAGAUGGUGACGGACAAGAUGACGCCCGACAACGUGCGCAUGACGCUGCUCGGCAAGGCGUACGAGGCCGAGUGUGACGUGACGGAGCGCUGGUACGGCACGCGCUACAGCGUGCAGAAGAUCCCGCCGGAGACGCUGCAGCGCUGGCGCACUCUCGAGCCGAACCCCAACCUGCAUCUCCCGGAGCCGAACGAGUUCAUUCCGGAGGACUUCGAGCUGGUGGAGCGGGACCAGGCGGCGCACAACGCGCCCGUCAUGCUGGCCAAUACUCCGCUGUGUCGCGUCUGGUUCAAGCAGGACGACACGUUCAAGCUGCCAAAGUCAAUCGUCAAGGUGGAGCUGUUCAACCCGGUGGCGUACUCGGACCCGCACAUGGUCAACGUCACGCACAUGUUCACCAUGCUGUUCAAGGACGCGCUCAACGACUACGCGUACGCGGCGAGCGUGGCCGGCGUGCGUUACAACUUGGGUGUCAGCCGGCGCGGCAUGAUGCUGGAGGUGGGCGGCUUCAGCCACAAGCUGGACGUCCUGCUGCGGAAGAUCAUGGACUCGAUGGUGAGCUUUCGCGUGGACCGUGCGCGCUUCGACGUGCUGAAGGAAGCGUACCUGCGCUCGCUGCGCAAUUUCGCGGCCGAACAGCCGUACCUGCACGCCACGCACAAGAUGAACGUGGUUCUCGUGGAGAAGUACUGGGAGCACGACGCGCUGCUGGAGGCCGUCGACGAACUGACGGUGGAGGCGGUGGAGCGCCUGCUGCCGCUGCUGCUCAGCAAGCUGCACCUUGAGUGUCUGCUGGAGGGUAACCUGACGCGCGGCCGGGCGCUGGAGCUCGUCUCGCUGGUAGAGUCGCGCCUCCGCGACGGCUUCUCGGUGCGCCCCAUCCCAGCCGCCCUGCAGAUCCUCGACCGCGAGACCAUGCUGGACGACGGCAAGUACUACACGGUGCAGAAGCAGAACGACGUGCACAAGAGCUCCAGCAUCGACGUAUACUACCAGUGCGGCCUGCAGAGUGUGCGCGACAACACGCUGCUGGACCUGCUGGUGCAGAUACUGAACGAGCCUUGCUUCGAUCAGCUGCGCACCAAAGAGCAGCUGGGCUACAUCGUGUGGUGCACGGUGCGCCGCUCCACGUCCACGCAGGGCCUGCGCGUCAUUGUGCAGUCGGACAAGCCGCCCGAGUACGUGGACAUGCGCAUCGAGGCGUUCCUGCACAGCAUGGCCGACCACCUGCGCCAGAUGAGCGCCGAGGAGUUCGCCAACCACAAGGAGGCGCUGGAGACGCGCAAGCUGGAGAAGCCCAAGAACCUCGCGGACGAGUUCACGCGCCACUGGGACGAAAUCGUCAUCCGGCAGUACUACUUUGGCCGCGAGCGCGACGAAGUCGAGCAGCUGAAGACGAUCGAGCGCGACGAGCUGGUCAAGUUUUUCGAGGCGCACGUUUGCCACACGGCGCCUGGCCGCCGAAAGCUGGCGGCGCAUGUGCUGUCGUCGCAGUGCACCGACACGUGUCCCUGCCUGCCGGACGGCCUGUGCGCGCCGCCCGACUACCAGGCCGGCGAGGCGGUGCUCAACGUGCCCGCCUUCAAGGCGCUGCACGGCCACUUCCCGCACGUGGCGCCCGCCGUCGACGUGUCCGUGACGCCGCCGCAGGCCAAGCUCUGAGCGGCCACCGCCGACGGCGGGGUGCCGUCGCCCGGCGCGCCGGGGCCACGCCGGCCUCCUCUGUGGCCGCUCGCGCGUGGCGGGCCGGCCUCUCGUCGGACCCGCCGCGUGGGGCUCACUCGGUCCGGCGGGUUCUCCCCUCCAACACAAACACAAACACGACGGUGACGCGCGUGGAGCUCGAGUCAGUCCGCUGCGGCGCGAUCACUGGGUGACGGUCAUGUGAUAGUACGGGGCAUUGCGCUCGGUCGGCGACCGCGGCGCGUCGCUGUCCAGCCGCCAACCAGCGAGUCACUUGAGGACGUCUAGAUGUCAGAUUACUGCUAUGCUUAGGACCGCGCGUGUCGCGGAGAGGAUAGGCAUGGCAACACAUGGGACACCCGUCAGGAAACGGCACGGUUAAGCCCAUGUUUAUCAUUUAUUUGUCAUAAAAUAACUUAUCGGAAUCCCUUGCGACCACCUGUAAAGCAGACAGGUGUCAGUCAUGGACAGCUGCUUUCAUUCGUUCGCAUUCGUAUUGCUCCCUAAAAAGGAGUAGGAGAACUUCUUUGGACUCCUAUUCUUUAUUGCAUGGACUUUGGUCCGUAAAAGCCGUCCUCAUUGACCUCAUUCCGAGGCUCAAUGUUCAAUUUGUUCGACGCCGGAAUGUGGAUGCGAUUUCGAUGCAACCUCUGCAUAAUGUUACCGGCAUUACGGUCAAUCCAUUUCAGAUGGCAGCGAAGUCAAACGGGAAGGGAAAGCCGUUUGGCGUCUUCCACCUGCUGACCCGGCGUAGGUUCUUGGCAUCUUAUGAGGUGAUUUGAGCUAGGGUCGGAAUUGGGAGGCAAUGGGUUGCGAGAACCUACUGGGGAACGGCUCGCUGCUGAUAAUAUUGUUUGCCUGAAAAAAAUGUGUUUUCGAUUGUCCGCCAGCCCGUGAUAGCAACGAAAUGUUCAAAGGGAAAAAACCUGGCCCGGUACAUGGUUGUUCCAGUACAAAUGUCGGCCCGCCCACCUGUCCACAAUAAUCAUUUAUUGCGCUUGGUAUCGAUUUUGUUGCAUUUCCCACCUACUGCGGUCACCCGGCUGAGGUCGGCGGCAUGUAAUACUCUGCAGAACGGGUGUGCGGUGACUUCGACGUGCCCACAUGUUGGCAGUGUACGGAUCUCUUGUCGCCAACCGAGCGUCCCUGUGUGUCCCCAACACCCGCGUCAACAAAACCGGUAUGAUCCACCUGAGCAGUUCCUCUGUAUAACGUCCAUUUACCUGAUUUCGUUGUCAGAUGUGCUAUUUAUCCAUGUGCUCGCUUCUACUGGGCUCACUUUUUGUUGGCUGUUAUGUGGCCCAACACCCUGGUCGAUAUAUUCAGUUAAUAAAUAAUCUUCAAAUUCAGGAA